AGGCCUGAGGCCUGGGGCCGGCUCUCAGUCUCCAGGAUGUAGUAUGGUGGUCACUCUUUGCUGGUUCUUUCUUCCAGUCAAUAAAAGCUGACAUCUCGCCUUUAUGUCUCAGAGUGAGUUAUUGAUGGUGCAUCUGAAGGUCACUGAUUUGAGCCUCAGCUGAGGCAGCAUGUGCCUUGAGGACACCGGUGCCAAGCUGCUUGGGUCCUUGUGCCCUUCCCUUGGACAACGUCGGUGGCGUGGAGAGGGGAAGGCUUGCAGCUGGGCAACUGCUGAUCUCCCAUACAACCCUGCCGAGGCCUGCGCCCUGGAAACCUUCCAAAGUGCAAAUCCAUGGUCUCACGAGACUAAUGGAUGCCUAUUUAUCUGGUGCGUCUUUGCAAUGUGGUUGAAAACAGGAGCACCCAAAGGAAAUCCAUGUGCUCAUGGGAACGACGUAUAAACUCUUUACAGACAUACUGAACUGCAUUAGAAUCGCGCUAACGCUACGUUGCCGUGUUUUAACUUGGCAAUUCGAGGCUAUGAUCUGUCUUGCGUUUCUGGGGCUGGUUAAAAAAAAAUCAACCGCAUUGUUGAAGUCACAUUUAAUUCUCGUCUCUGUUAGCUUAUGUUUGCCCUCCUGCUGUUUCGUAAACCUAAUUUUCAUUACAUUCACACCCUGUGUCUGUAUGCCUAAGUCAGCAACUGGAACUAGUUAGGUAAGCCCCAGCCUCUUUGUGGAGGGAGUGACAAGAACCGGCACCCGCGGUGAUAAUUAGAGGAAGCGUUGGGAUCUUUCAGUCACCUCCUCGUCCUUUCCUGCUUUGCGGCCGUCGACUGGUUAAAGGUCACUCGGAAAGAGUCGGUGGAGACUGAGGACUCUCCCUUAAAGCUGCGGCUUCUGUUCCCCCACCCGUUCUGCUGCUUUGCUCCGAGGGACCUGCCUAAGGCAAAGCAAAGCGAACCAGCACACUGAACCCGGAACCGUCUCCACAACGACCAGGACUCGGCCGCUCCUCCAGCCAUGCCACAGAGCUCCCGGCUCAGCCGCUGGCUCAGUUUAGUUCCUGGGAAGAAGAUUUUCGGGCCCUAUCGCUUUCUGCCGUGUUUCUUUGUACUGGGCGGUGUGCUGGAGUGGAUAAUGAUAAACGUGCGCAUCGGUCACGAAACAUUUUAUGAUGUGUACCGAAGAAAACGUUCUGAGCAGCAGUACCAACAGAAAUUAGAAGCACUGUCCACAAAUGAAAAUCACUUGGCAUCAAAAUAAGACACUUUAACUAAAUGGCAAAUUUGCAUUAUGAAUAGAUUAAGUUAUUUCCUCUUUAAAAUUGUUAUAUAUCCUGGGAUGUGUAUCUUAUUGCAUUUCAAAUACAAUGUGUGCCUCAUUUCAUUAA